AUGCGCCUCUUUGCCACCGGCAGAGCCCUGCGCGUCAACAGUGCUAGAUGGUCAAUUGCUUCGCCCCGCAGAAGCCUCAUUCGCAUUCCGCUCUCGCAUCGCCCGGAUGCUCUGGCCGUUCCCCGAAGAGCCUUGAGCUCUACAGCUAUCCGCAGGACAGACGAGAAAGCUACCGGCGCAAAUGGUACUAUAAUCAAUGGCCAGUCGUACAGAAAGGAUGAAUGGACCAACACCCCGGAGACGAUUCUGUCUCACGUUGGUCGCCGGUUGUACUUGGACGAAAACCAUCCUCUCGCGAUCACACGCAAGCUCAUCGAAAGCCAAUUCCCUACACCCAUCUACGGGAACUACUCCGAACAAAACCCAGUUGUUUCUACUGAGUUGAAUUUCGAUGUCCUGGGCUUCCCUCUCGACCACCCCGGCCGCAGUCGUACCGACACGUACUACAUAAACGAUAAAACGGUCCUGCGGACGCAUACGAGUGCCCACGAGCAGGCGUACUUUCAGCAGAUGAAUCGCAAUGAGAAGACCCGCCCCGAGGAGGUUGGAUAUACCUUGGUUGCAGAUGUGUACCGGAGAGAUGCGAUUGACCGCAGUCAUUACCCGGUCUUUCACCAGAUGGAGGGUGCUAGGCUGUGGAAGCGCCCCGAGACUGAGCCAUUGAAGCACUCGGCUGAAACUGCCGCGGCGAUUAUGAAGGAUGUAAACAGCAUUCCGGCUCAUGACGUUGCCGUCGAGGAUCCUAACCCCACCUUCCACCCGGAACGAAACCCGCUCCAGGACGGGCAACACAGCGUAGAAGAGACCGAGGCCAUGGCCGCGCAUCUCAAGCGAUCGCUGGAGCAGAUGGUCAUUAAGAUCUUCACCGAGGCAAGCAAAGCCGCAGCUAGCACAGCCGGCGCUGAGCCCGAACCCCUGAAAGUUCGAUGGGUGGAGGCCUAUUUCCCAUGGACAAGUCCGUCCUGGGAGCUCGAAGUCUUCUGGCAAGGCGACUGGCUCGAAGUCCUAGGCUGCGGCAUCAUCAGACAAAACCUCUUGAACAACUCAGACGUACCGCACCGCAUCGGCUGGGCAUUCGGACUCGGUCUCGAACGCAUUGCCAUGCUUCUCUUCAACAUUCCUGACAUUCGUCUCUUCUGGUCUCGCGACGAGCGAUUCCUCUCGCAGUUCAAAGCCGGCCAAAUCACCCGCUUUGAGCCCUUCUCCAAAUACCCAGCUUGCUACAAGGACGUGGCGUUCUGGUUACCCUCCGCGAGCGUCAGCAGCGGUAGCGCCGCUGGCGGCGCCAUGCCCGUCCAUGAGAACGAUGUCAUGGAGAUUGUCCGUGAGAUGGCGGGUAAUCUGGUCGAAGACGUCCAGCUCAUUGACGAGUUUACUCAUCCCAAGACGCACAGGAAGAGCAUGUGCUACCGCAUCAACUACCGGAGUCUGGAGCGGACAUUGGUUAAUGAGGAGGUUAAUGAUUUGCACGAGAAGGUCCGAGGAAAGUUGGUCGAUCUGCUCAGUGUAGAAUUGCGGUGA